GAUAUCAUCUAGGAUUGAAGCGAGUCGCCCGAUCGUCCGCCCUACGUUCUCAAAAUGGCGAAUAGUCCUUUCAAGAUCGGGGAUAAGGAAUUUUCUGGGGUGGUCAUCACCCUAGAAAACUGCCUUCUCCCGUCUGAUAGGCUUGAUACGACGCCUUCUGUAAACGACGGGCUUGAACAUGAGACCGAAGUGGACCUACGGAUCCUGGGGUGCGAGUAUAUCCAGACCGCUGGCGUGCUCCUCCGCUUGCCACAGACGGCCAUGGCUACUGGACAGGUCCUCUUUCAGCGAUUUUUCUACUCCAAGUCGUUGGUCAAGCACAAUAUGGAGAUCGUAGCAAUGGCUUGUGUGUAUUUAGCCUCGAAGAUCGAGGAAGCGCCGCGGCGAAUUCGGGACACAAUCAACGUGUUCCACCACAUCCGCCAGCGCCGAAACAACAGGCAAGCCCAGCCACUUGUGUUGGACCAGAACUACAUCAACACCAAGAACCAAGUCAUCAAGGCUGAGCGCAGGGUACUGAAGGAACUCGGCUUCUGUGUACAUGUCAAGCAUCCUCACAAGCUGAUUGUGAUGUACCUCCAAGUGCUGGACUGUGAGAAGAACAGGAAGCUAGUGCAGACCGCAUGGAACUUCAUGAACGACAGUCUGCGUACAGACGUGUUUGUGCGUUUCAGUCCGGAGACGAUUGCGUGUGCGUGUAUCUUCCUGGCAGCCCGUCAGCUGAAGGUGCCCCUGCCUAACAGAGCACACUGUCCCUGCCACUGGUACGAGCUGUUCGGAGCAUCAGAAGAUGAAGUGCAGGAGAUCAGCCUCAUGAUACUCAAGAUAUAUGCCAGAGACAAGAAGAAUUAUGAAGACCUGGACAAGGAGGUAGAGAAGAGGAGGAAGGUUCUGCAGGAGGCCAAGCUGCGUGCCCGAGGCCUGCUGGAUGAACAGGGACGACCAGUGGACAGCACCACAGGAAACUCCUCCCCCUCCUCACGACCAGCUUCACCUAAAAACCUCAGUGCCAAACCCUCCCCUGUCCGUGAUGCCAGUUCUGACAAGAAAGUGAAGAGAGAGGAUGGUGCCAGUUCAGGAAGUGCUCACAGCCACAAGGAGAAUCGAGGAGGUCGGGAUAGAAGUCGAUCUCGCAGCAGCAGAAGUCGAUCUCGGUCUCCCCGCAGGAAGGCCCGCAGCCAGUCGGGAUCCUCGCGCAGUAGCAGCCGCAGCAGGAGUGACAGCGGGAGCCGCAGUCGCAGCCGCUCACCCACACGCAACGGCCACCACGCCAGGCUCUCCCCUCCCCGCGACCGCAACAGGGAGCGCAGGUCCCACGAGAGGCACAAGCGAGCCCUCAGCGGGAAGCGGUCACACUCGCACAAACGGCGCCGAACAAGAUCUCCCAUCUCUCGCAGUAGAAGCCGCAGUAGAAGUCGGUCCCACAGUAGGUCUCCAGAUAGGUACAGUAGGAAACACUACCACAAGGAGAGACCGAGGCACUCAUCUCGGUCUCGAUCAAGGGAGAGGCAUAAAGCAGCCAAACACAGCAGCCACUCUCGGGAUAGGCAUGGUCGACGGAGGUAACUCUGUCACACGGGUCCUGAAAGAUUCAGUCCGCAACACUGUACAUCAUAUUGGUUCAAGAACUUACCUCAUCAAUCAAAUAGAACUUUUGUGAUUUGAUAAGCUUCAUUUAAUACUGUCAGGACUGGAAUAAUGUGAAGCAGAAGAUGAUAUUGAGUAUGUCAAAACUGAAAUUUAUUAGGUCUUUAGGUUUCUUUGACCUGAUUAUGAUUGAAAUUACAUUAAUGAAAUAAAAGGAAAAAAGUAUCUUUUUUUGGAGGCAAAAUGUAUAUAGUAUAGAUAUGUUCUGGUUGGGUACAGUGUAUAACCUCUGCAGCAAGCAAGAAUGAGGAGUAUACAACUGGCUUGCCGCCAAAUCGCUACAAGGGAUUGACAACUGUUCUAUAAGAUGGAUCCCUUGUGCUCAUGUAUUUGAGUUUAUGAAUUUAAAAAAAAUAAAAAUAGCUAAUGGACUGACAUACAGCA